AUGAGUCUUGCUGACAUCGUCUGGUCUGGUCUGCUGCUCAGGCAGGAUAGAACCUGUCGGUCCGCCUGGCUUGACCUUGACCCUUACGCUGCCCCUUACACUGACCCUGACGCUGCCCUUUACCCUGCCCCUUACACUGACCCUGACGCUGCCCCUUACACUGACCCUGACUCUGACCCUUACACUGACCCUGACUCUGACCCUUACCCUGCCCCUUACCCUGCCCCUUACACUGACCCUUACACUGACCCUGACGCUGCCCCUUACACUGACCCUGACUCUGACCCUUACCCUGCCCCUUACACUGACCCUUACACUGACCCUGACUCUGACCCUUACCCUGCCCCUUACACUGACCCUGACUCUGCCCCUUACACUGACCCUGACUCUGACCCUUACACUGACCCUGACUCUGACCCUUACCCUGACUCUGACCCUUACUCUGACCCUUACCCUGCCCCUUACACUGACCCUGACUCUGACCCUUACCCUGCCCCUGACUCUGACCCUUACACUGACCCUGACUCUGACCCUUACCCUGCCCCUUACUCUGACCCUUACACUGACCCUGACUCUGACCCUUACCCUGCCCCUUACACUGACCCUGACUCUGACCCUUACACUGACCCUGACUCUGACCCUUACCCUGCCCCUUACACUGACCCUGACUCUGACCCUUACACUGACCCUGACUCUGACCCUUACUCUGACCCUUACCCUGCCCCUUACACUGACCCUGACUCUGACCCUUACCCUGCCCCUUACACUGACCCUGACUCUGACUCUGACCCUUACGCUGCCCCUUACACUGACCCUGACUCUAACCCUUACCCUGACCCUGACUCUGACCCUUACUCUGACCCUUACCCUGCCCCUUACACUGACCCUGACUCUGACCCUUACCCUGCCCCUUACACUGACCCUGACUCUGACCCUUACCCUGACUCUGACCCUUACUCUGACCCUUACCCUGCCCCUUACACUGACCCUGACUCUGACCCUUACCCUGCCCCUUACACUGACCCUGACUCUGACCCUUACCCUGCCCCUUACACUGACCCUGACUCUGACCCUUACACUGACCCUGACCCUUACCUUGCCCCUUACACUGACCCUUACCCUGCCCCUUACCCUGCCCCUGACUCUGCCCCUUACACUGACCCUGACUCUGACCCUUACCCUGCCCCUUACCCUGACUCUGACACUUACCCUGCCCCUUACCCUGCCCCUUACCCUGACUCUGCCCCUUACCCUGCCCCUUACCCUGCCCCUUACCCUGCCCCUUACACUGACCCUUACACUGACCCUGACUCUGCCCCUUACCCUGCCCCUUACCCUGACUCUGCCCCUUACCCUGCCCCUUACCCUGCCCCUUACACUGACCCUUACACUGCCCCUUACACUGACCCUUACACUGACCCUUACCCUGCCCCUUACCCUGCCCCUUACCCUGCCCCUUACCCUGCCCCAUACCCUGCCCCUUACCCUGCCCCAUACCCUGCCCCUGACUCUGACCCUGACCCUUACCCUGACCCUUACCCUGCCCCUUACUCUGACCCUGCCCCUUACCCUGCCCCUUAUUCUGACCCUUACCCUCCUGCUCCUUACGCUGCCCCUUACCCUACCCCUUACCCUUACACUGACCCUGACUCUGACCCUUACACUGCCCCUUACCCUGCCCCUUACCCUGACUCUGCCCCUUACCCUGUCCCUUACCCUGACCCUGACUCUGACCCUUACCCUGCCCCUUACCCUGACUCUGACACUUACCCUGCCCCUUACCCUGCCCCUUACCCUGACUCUGACCCUUACCCUGCCCCUUACCCUGACUCUGCCCCUUACCCUGCCCCUUACACUGCCCCUUACACUGACCCUUACCCUGCCCCUUACACUGACCCUUACCCUGCCCCUUACCCUACCCCAUACCCUGCUCCAUACCCUGCCCCUUACACUGACCCUUACCCUGCCCCUUACCCUGCCCCAUACCCUGCUCCUUACCCUGACCCUUACCCUGACCCUUACCCUGCCCCUUACUCUGACCCUGCCCCUUACCCUGACCCUUACCCUGCCCCUUACUUUGACUCUGCCCCUUACCCUGACCCUUACACUGACCCUUACACUGACCCUUACCCUGCCCCUUACCCUGCUCCUUACGCUGCCCCUUACCCUACCCCUGACCCUUACCCUGACCCUGACCCUUACACUGACCCUUACCCUGACCCUUACACUGACCCUUACCCUACCCAUUUCCCUGACCCUUACCCUGCCCAUUUCCCUGCUCCUUACCCUGCUCCUUACCCUGACCCUUACACUGACCCUUACCCUGCCCAUUUCCCUGACCCUUACCCUGACCAUUUCCCUGACCCUUACCCUGCCCAUUUCCCUGACCCUUACCCUGACCAUUUCCCUGACCCUUACCCUGCCCAUUUCCCUGACCCUUACCCUGACCAUUUCCCUGACCCUUACCCUGCCCAUUUCCCUGACCCUUACCCUGCUCCUUACCCUGACCCUUACACUGACCCUUACCCUGCCCAUUUCCCUGACCCUUACCCUGCCCAUUUCCCUUACCCUGACCCUUACCCUGCCCAUUUCCCUGACCCUUACCCUGCUCCUUACCCUGCCCAUUUCCCUGACCCUUACCCUGCUCCUUACCCUGACCCUUACACUGACCCUUACCCUGACCCUUACCCUGACCCUUACCCUGCCCAUUUCCCUGACCCUUACCCUGCUCCUUACCUUGCACCUGACCCUUACCCUGCCCCUGACCCUUACCCUGACCCUGCCCACCCCUCAACUCACACACACCACCUCAUCUCUCCAGUACCACCUCAUCUAGCCAGCACCACCUCAUCUAGCCAGCACCACCUCAUCUAG